AUGGCAGAAGAGGGCGGCACAUGCUGGUAUUGUGGAGUUAAGGCCGGUUGCCAGUACUGCGCACCCAUCAAGGAUGAGGUCGGGGCAGAGCAAGAGAAAACCGACGACCCUGGAAAGAAACGGCAACGGUGUGCUGGAGGAAAGAAGGACAAGGACAGGAACAAGAGGAUCAAGGUCGAGCCGCGAGACAACAACCAGCCUCAAACGCCCGCGUUCUCAUAUCAAGAUCCAUCGCAUCCGUCGCAGUGGCAGAACGUCUUUUCCACACCAUACAGUGACAUACCUUUCUCCGCAAGCUACGGAUUUCCUCAGGCUAGCAAUAUGACUGGAUUCGGCAUACCAUGGGGUCAGCCCCUCCUCCCGCAAGCGCUUGUAAAUGGAACGACAUCUUUAGACUGGGCCGUGGUGCAGAACGGGAAUGACACUCAGAUCGGAUUUGGACAGGGCUCAAGUCAAGGCUAUACCGACCCAACUUCAGGCCUUGAACAACAAUCAGAGCCCCUUCCCAACUGUCCGCCAUAUCAAUUCCAAUAUCCAGAUCCAGCUCCUGAUGUGAAGCCUACAGUUCAGCCAGAGAUGAACUUCGAGAAUCCGUCGCAGAUGGGUGAUGCUACACUAGCCCACCUGUUAGGCACUUACAGUACCCAGAGCUCCAGCGUUGGUCAGCAACUUUAUCCGCCGGAAUUCCCCUUCUCUGCUCAAAAUGUUGAUCAGGAAGCCGAUAGAGAGCAACAAUUUACUAAGGUUGAGCAACCUUUCCCCGACACCUAG